CCGAAGCCAAAGCCGCCUAAAUGACAGAUCCAAUUGCGUUUAAGCUGUUUAAAUCGGUAGAUCCGACCAAAAUUAAUGUGCCCAUCAAGGAGAAAUUUGCGAAACUGACGCUCUCGUCGAAUAAAAAGAAGCAGGAGGGUGAUAGAAAGACGCCGCAUCUACAAAGCAGAGUUAGUCGAAAUCUAUUAGACGAACUCAAUAUCCAGGUAGAGCCAGGUCCAGAACUAGAGCCUGACCCCAGCGUGGUGUUGGAGUCUGUUAUGCGUGAACAUCCAAUAUUUCGUAGUGAUUCGUCAUCUGUGGCUGCCAUGGAGAACACGAGCUUUGAGCAAACAAAUCGCACCGAUUUGGAUCGAUCGGACUAUAUGGAACCGCUGCAGCUGAGCGCAGGUGGGAGUCAAGAAAUUGAAAUCGAAGUGCUAUCGCAACAGGUCUCCAAUCUGACCAUGCAACCACGACAACAGCCUAAGAAAGAAGUGCUGGCCAACCACAUCUCCAUUUGCAUUUCCUCCAGCAGUGCGGAGGACGGCGUUGAGGAGGACGAAGACGACGACGACUCCUGCAUUACCAUAUCGGACAGUGAGGAUGGCAAUGUAAUGGAGACCAGCGAGCAGCAAUUGACACAGCUCCCACCCGUAAUACCACUGAACGAGGACAAGUUGCAGCGCAUUGAGGCGUUCCUCCACGACGUGUCCAUCGAGCGCCAUCAGAUGCUGCAACGCGGCGCAGACGCAGUGGAUCUUCAGAAUUCACCCUUGGCUGAGCAUAUACACACAACGCUGGCUAAUGCCGAUACGGAGUCAAUGAGCCUGCUGCUGUCUGCGGCUGAGGCGGAAUUUGAAACCAGUGGCAAUGCCGAGUGGCUGCCGCAGCGGCCUUCACAACCUACUCGGCGGGAUAGCAGCAAACGUUUGGCUGACAACGACACAGAGCCCAACACACUCUGCUCCGAAGAAUUGGGCGAACAAUUAAGUUUAGAAGACACCCUAAACGAAACACCGCCAGCAGGACAGGCUGAUGUCAAUUUGGAUGAAUCGUUGACCAUUCCGGAAACAUCGAGCGAAUUUGAGGAGAGCCCGCAAAGGCAAAUUUCUGCACCCACGCCAACACCAACACCCCCACCUCCAGUUUCCUCCCGAGACACGAGCUCUUCUGACGAAGAUGCGGCCAUACAAGUGAGCAGCAUCAAUAUAUCGGCGAAAAUAAAUAUUAAAAUACAAAUACCCACCAUGGAUGCGAGUUCCACUGAUUCAGAUCCGCCGCGUGGCAGUGACAGACAAUCGAACAGCUCCUCGGAUGCUGAAAUUGAGCAGCAACGGCAGGAAAGACCACCAGCGGCCUUACUCGAACCCAAGGAAGCAGGCGAACGCUCCAUUCUAGUCGGCAGCGAUGCCAGUGAUGUCGACGAGCAGGAUGAACAGUUCCUGAGUCAGGCUGAGAAGCUGCUGAAUCAGUUAUAUGGCAAGGCUUGGCAAACGCCCGACGUCAUACGCACUCUGAAGCGUUCUAGUGGCAGUGGCGGCCGAAAGCCCCGCACACCCCUCACCGAGGUGAGGCGGCAGCCUAAAGCCAUGGUUGCCGCCGCCACCACUGCUCGAAAAAAACGGCAACCACCGGUCGCUUCCAAAGAGGAGAGCAUCCUGGAUGACUUUAGCAUUUUCAAGCGUGCUAUUCAUGCAAACAAAAUGAAUUCAACACAACUGCCUUUUCCUGCGAGGGCCCCGACAGCACGAGACAAGCCGCAGACAAAGCCGCGCAUCCUUACCAACCAUAAAGAUGAGGCUCGUUGGCGGGCCUUGGUGGACACAGACAGUGGCAGCGAUGCCUCCGACGAUGAUGAGGCCAAUGCGACAAUAACCAGCACAAGCAGCAACAGUGAUAACGAUCACGAUGUUGGGGAUGUCACCUAUCUGGACUUGACCAGCAAUGAAGUGCAAGUCGUGCCUAUAUCCAGUAAUGAGGACAACAUCGAACCGCCGAAGGGCCCGAAACGUCUCGAUGACAUUUUACGGACUUGUCGUGCCGUUGAGAAACCAAAAUUGCCGGCUACGCCUCCAAUAAAUACGCGUCGUCAACUAUUUACACCAAAUACUGGCUACGAGGAUGACGAGGAGGCGGAACGGAUUGUGAAUAAAGCACUCGAAAUGGACGUGCUUGAUGAUCUCGCGGAUGUGUAUUUACCAGGUACGCCGGUGCAUCGGCGUCUACAGCAGGUGAGGCGGCAAUUGGGCCUCGAAACACCGACUUCACAGCCGGUUUUCAAGCCAAUCCAGACACCACAGCCAACACCGACUCCGCAACCCAUCACCAAAUCGGUGACAAAAACAAUUGAGCGCAAAGCAUUGAAAAAACGAGAAGCACCAUCGAAUGCCACGAAACCACUACGUGCCACAAAAAAAUUCAGUUUCAUCAAAUCACUGGAACCGAAUCUUAGUCGUGAAUUGUGCGACAAUGAGGCCUAUUUCUAUCGCGAACAGUAUGCAAAAAACCGGGAGGAGUUAACCAAGAAAUUAUGCAUUCUGUACAAUAAGGAGGUCUUCAACAAUGAGCUGGACGUGCCAGUAACUUGGUCAAAAUUGUUACGCAAUACUGCUGGAAGAUGUAAGAAUAAAUGCCGCUUUAACAAAGAACGCAGCAGCGUCGUGGAACUGAGCCUAAAAGUGCUCACCAGUGCCGAUCGCUUGCGAUGCACGCUCAUACAUGAGCUUUGCCACGCAGCCGCCUGGAUAUUCGAUGCCGAGAGCGGCCAUGGACAUGCGUGGAGGCAGUGGACCCACAAAGCCAACAAAGUUUUUCCGGAUCUGCCGCCCAUACGAGUUUGCCACAACUACGACAUCGAAUAUAAAUACACUCUAAAGUGUUUGACUUGCGAUAUUUCCUCCCAAGCCCACUCCAAGUCCCGGAAGGUGGAACAUUUGCGAUGCAAAUACUGCCGUGGCAAUAUAACCGUAUUCCUGAACAAGAAGGAUAAAUCGGGCAAUAUGGUAUUGAUGCCGGUGCGUGAGCCCACUGGAUUUGCUAAAUUUGUCAAGGAAAACUAUUCAGAAAACCAUCGUGGCAACCAUAAGGAAACAAUGCGCACACUUAGUGCCGAAUAUGCCAAACAGAAAGCGCAAGUGGCAAAGACAGCGACGCAGGCGUCAAAGGACCUGGAGACUUUAACUAUACGAAAUGAUGACUGAGUGAAUAUGUACACAUACGCUGAAAAGUAUUUUAAAAUAGCCAUUUCAUGUGCAUAUACACGCGCUAUAUGUAUGUAUAUACAUACAUAAAUAUGCUUCGCAUUAAGUUUUAAUAAGUGUUCAAAAUAUUAUAAUCGAAUAGA